AUGCUUGAGUUCAGGAUCACAGGCCUGGUGCAGGGCGUCGGCUUUCGCUACAGCACCGCACAGGAGGCCAAGCGCCUCAAGCUGCGCGGCUGGGUGCGCAACACGCGCGACGGCGCCCUCGAGGGCGAGGCGGCGGGCCCAGCCAGCGAGCUGCAGGAGUUCCGAGCCUUUCUGAACAAAGGCCCUUCGGGCGCGCGAGUCGACAAGGCAGACGUGCGCGAGCGCGAGGGGGACGAGCACUUGCCGAGCGGGUUCGAGGUGCGCCACUAG